CUUGCGGCAAGUCAGUCGAGUCAGAACCAUGCAGGUGGUCUUACCGUCGGGUAGGAUGCUGCCCAGGUGGUCGUGUGUGGCCCUCCUCUACACACUCGCUACACUCAAUGGCAUCCACGGAGAGGAAAAAUGCGAGAAGAGAAGCAGAGCCGUGUGGUACAAUGCUAGGACUGAACAUGAAGGCAUGGGUCUGAGUGAUGCUGAACUUCAGAAAAUUGGCGGCCUGAUGGACAUGAACUAUUUCCGCAAAGUGUUGAACCCGAUUCUUGUGCCCAGGGUGGUGGGGACAGAGAGUCACGCGAGGGUACGCCAGCACCUGAUAAACACCAUGCAGAACCUGGGCUGGACAAUCGAGGAGGACCAGUUUGACAACAACACCCCCAUUGGCAGAAAAACCUUUACGAAUGUGGUGGCUACCUUGGACCCUGAAGCCCCCCGUCGCCUGGUCCUGGCGUGCCACUACGACUCAAAGCUGGACCGCGAGGGGGUCUUUGUGGGGGCCACCGACUCAGCAGUGCCUUGUGCCAUGAUGCUCCACCUUGCGAAGGUCUUGGGGAAGAGUCUAGAUGACAGUCGCCAGACGCAAUCAGACUUGACCUUACAGUUCCUCUUCUUUGAUGGAGAGGAAGCUUUCCGAAGGUGGUCCAAGGACGACUCCCUUUAUGGUGCUAGGAAUUUAGCGGCAAAAUGGAAGCAAAGCCUGUAUCCAGCAAGGAACCGUGAUGGAACAAAUCACUUGCACAGGAUUGACCUGUUUAUUCUCCUGGACCUUAUUGGGACAGAAGAUGUCCGGUUCUACAGUUACUUCCCAGAGACGGAUUCUUGGUACACCAGACUCGUGUCUUAUGAACAGAGGCUGAACGACUUGGGAAUCCUGAACAGGCGUAGGUUCAUGUUUGAGCAGCAGAGGCUGUACAAUUCGCACAUUGAAGAUGAUCACAUUCCCUUCUUGGAGAGAGGUGUACCUAUUCUUCACGUCAUUCCAGUCCCCUUCCCGUCCGUGUGGCAUAAAAACUCGGACAAUGAAUCUGCUCUUCACUACCCGACCAUCAAGAAUUUCAAUACCAUUAUCUCCGCUUUCGUGGUUGAUUACUUGCACCUGGUCCUAUAGGGGUACGCCCAGGAUGCAGCAUUACAUGACGACCUUUGAAGAUAGGACAGACCUUAAGUCUUGCUCAGUUUUAUCUGCGCAGAAGAAAAACAAGACAACAAACAAAGAAGUGAUAAAAGAAAUAGGAUUAUUAUGAUUAUUUUUCCUUUUUUUUCUUGGGGGAUGUCUUUGUGAUGAAGAUCACUUUAUUUUUGAUAUUUAGCUUUUAUUAAGUUUGUUAAUUGUUGAUAUUCGACAUACAGAUUUCAGCUUCUCUGUAUAAGCUGAACAGUUGCACAAAUAUUCUGUUAUAUACAAUCUUAACACUCAGAAGAUUUAUAUUACUAACACUACUAUUUUUUGUAAAGGAAGUUUACUCUUAAAUUUGUUUUGAAUUCAGCCGGAUAUGAUCUGAAAUGAAUAAUGCUGUAUUCCUGGAAAAAAAUAACCAUUACACUUUGUUUGCCUAACAAAGUUUGAAAAAAUAGACUUGCUCUAGGACAGGUACCCAGAUUUCUUUCAGUUUACCUACUUUGAUGGUCUCAGUAGGUAAGCUGUUUUGGUUGUGAAGGCACAUUUUUGGUUACCAGAUUGAGUGGUAACAACACUUGGUUAGAUUUCCUACAAUAGCCCUAUUACAGAAUUUCAGUUUGAGUGUCACAUAUCACAUACAAUAGUCCAUAUUACAGAAAGUUUAUAUAUCUGUAACUGAAUUCUUAUUUUGAGUCUCACAUAUCACAUGUAAUAGACCAUAUUCUAGAACCUUAUCUUAACCCAAUGCCGACAGGUGAUUUCCCAAUGCACAAGCCCUCUCUCCUGGUUGUGGCCCAGGCCCUGCUACCGGGGGCUCGUGUUGUCAUCCUAGCGUGCGUGGCAUGACCACGCAUGCCCCCGGAAAAUGGGAUUGGCACACCAUGGCAUGUGUGCACAUGCCACCUGGAAUAUAGUCCAGGCAUGCCAUGACGUAUACGUACAUGCCACCUGGUGGCUAAGGGUUAAUAGCUCAUGUUAUUGUACUUUUAUAUACCUAUAACUAAAGUUUUAUUUUGAGUCUUACAUAUCACAUUUGUCAUUGCAUCACCUUUGAUGCAUUACAUACCUCAGAAGUCAAUAUUGCUUUUUUCUUCAUCUUCCUCUUCUUCUUUAUUUCAUAUUAUAUCCCCAGCAAAUUAUUGUUUAAGCUUACAAGAUCUAUUAACAUUGCUGAGUAAAUAUGUAUUCCAGAUAUUUUUAUAGGGUGAAUGGUGUUAUAGGGAAUUUUACUUUAUUUUAAUAUAUAUAUAUAUAUAUAUAUAUAUAUAUAUAUAUAUAUAUAUAUAUAUAUAUAUAUAUAUAUAUAUAUAUAUAUAUAUAUAUAUAUAUA